GAAGGGGAUCUGCUCCACCAGCAGUUUAACUCCGACCUCCCCUCCAGUCUUGCACAGGUGUACCGGCUCCUCCCCUUCAGUCUUGCACAGGUGUACCGGCUCCUCCCCUCCAGUCUUGCACAGGUGUACCGGCUCCUCCCCUUCAGUCUUGCACAGGUGUACCGGCUCCUCCCCUCCAGUCUUGCACAGGUGUACCGGCUCCUCCCCUCCAGUCUUGCACAGGUGUACCGGCUCCUCCCCUUCAGUCUUGCACAGGUGUACCGGCUCCUCCCCUCCAGUCUUGCACAGGUGUACUGGCUCCUCCCCUCCAGUCUUGCACAGGUGUAUCGGCUCCUCCCCCUCAGUCUUGCACCGGUGUACCGGCUCCUCCUCUCCAGUCUUGCACAGGUGUACCGGCUCCUCCCCUUCAGUCUUGCACAGGUGUACCAGCUCCUCCCCUUCAGUCUUGCACAGUUGUACCGGCUCCUCCCCUUCAGUCUUAUACAGUUGUACCGGCUCCUCCCCUCCAGUGUUGUACAGGUGUAUCGGCUCCUCCCCUCCAGUCUUGCACAGGUGUACUGGCUCCUCCCCUCCAGUCUUGCACAGGUGUAUCGGCUCCUCCCCCUCAGUCUUGCACCGGUGUACCGGCUCCUCCCCUUCAGUCUU